UAAAACAAGUAAAAUAGUAACAAUGAUGACCACACCGACAAAAGCCUUUCCAUACACAACUACUCUAGAGACCUAGAACUGAGGGCUUCCUUAGCGGUUUCAAUUGUACAUCAACAGCUUUGGGAAUUGGAUGACAAUAUUUAUCUCCGAAAAUGUGGUCCAUUUUGCAUUUAACCGUUUUCUUGGCAUUAUUUUUCUUUAGUUUUUCGUUAGAGUGGGGUACUCAUUCACUUUUACAACCCGGAAGUUGUCCAAACUCUAACUCGAUGUCACUCAACAUUCAUCAGAUAACAGGGCAGUGGAUAAUUCAACAUCUCCCAUGGCCAUUUCCCCAGUGUUGUCAACAACCCAUUUUAAACUUCGAGGAAGAUACUGAGGAUCAGAAUAAAACCGGAAACGACACUAAUAGCCACUGGAUAAGAAUAUCAUUGGAUUGGCCCAAUUGUAAAGACCGACCAGAGACAUGGCAACAACCAUUGAAGUUUCGUCUUAUGCAAAAUCGAAUCACCGAAGGAACAUUUCUAAUAAAACUAUCCUGGCCUUUCAGCGCAUUUGGUUUUGCUACACUGAAUUUUGUUUCAAUCGACUACAAAAAGUACGCAGUUGCUUACAUCUGUCACACCUUUCUUCUUGAACACAUUGCGAUUCCGUUCAUUAUGGUACGAACAAACACAGACCUAGAUUUCACUGAUUGGCAACGAAUGAAAUGGACUUUGAUAAAACAAGGUAUCCUAUCUGCAUGGACUCUAAUUGAAACGAAAGAGCAAUGCAAUGAAGUUAUCGAUUAUAACUCUGAUCGGAACGAGGGAGACACAUUUCAUGAAAACCAACCAAACAGCUCAGAAAUCUAUGACGGCAGUGGCCACACUGAAUCGAGUAAUGCAGUAAGUUUCCCAACAAAUACUGAUGAAGAGUACAUACAAAAUGUACCAUACAGUAAAGACGGAAAAACUACGGAAACGGCUUCUGUAGACCCUGACGCAGAAUGGAUAACGACAAAACAUACUCAAAUCCAAGGACCAAACCAGAAACCAGAAUAUCCUACCCCGGACACUGUGCUAUGGCCGGCAAUUUUAAUGGAAAAUCAACCUGCUUCAGACCAUCUAGAAGGAAUUCCCACAUACACUACAGCUGCUGAAAUUGCACCACUUAUUGCACCUUCCAGCGGCUCCGGCGGAGAAGAAUUGGGAAUAAGCGACAGAACAAUAGAACUAAGAGUAAAGAAAUGAACACCUUACCUGAAGUAUAUAGUCCACGUAAGAACUGUGCUGGCUCAUUACUUCUUUCACCUCCCACUGAACGCGGCUCAUCAUGUUUAUAAUGUGUUCUGAAUCAAGGUAUCUAUGGGCAACUACGCUGAAGAUUGGGACACGCAAAUCGUGUGCCACUGAUG